AUGGGGCUUAUUUUCGAAAUUAGCAUCGACGGAGUCCAAACGCCGAAUCAUGGUAGAAUCGCUCCAAUCCUCAUUCCCUUUUCUCAGGAUCCUGUCUAUGUCAAGGAAGACUUCCUGGAGACUAUGAGCUUAACGGAUGACUAUAAAGAAAAGUUAUACAAUCUCCACUUGGCACGUCGUAAAACUGUCGCCAAGGUCAAGGACACGGUCAGCGUCAAAGUUUUAGGUCAUACCCCAGCUUACAUGCAGUGGGAGACGGUCUGUGAGGUGAAACCCAACGGCCACGACAAAAGGGGCGUCUAUACGGCACCGCGAUUUCUAAUUCCAAGGAGAACUCCCACGAAGUAUAGGCUUUCUCUGCCUGUGGCCUACUACGGAGAUGCAUUCAUUCAGAAUAAAACUGAUAAUCCUGAAAACGCAACGGUGGGUGCUCGUCUUCAAGCCCUCGUUUUUGGUUCCCCACAUGAUGGCUUUUAUUCCGCUACUAACUUUGUUCAAUGGCGCGGUGUCUUAAGCAUGGGAGAGCCCGUAGAGAUCCCUGAUCGUGGAGCUCAGGUCCGUCUAGCUUUGGGAAUUGUCAUUCCACUUAUGAUCCUCACUACACUGACCUCGGUCGCGGUGGCAUUUGUUAUUAAACGUCGGAGGAUUAAUCAAGUCGAUGGCUCGACAGACCCACUACUGGCGACCAACGACAAUCCCACCGCGGUCAGAUACGCUAUUGAACUACCAUGUUUCAGAGGCCGGCAAUGCCUUGGAGGUCGCCUCUGUCUCAAUCGAAGGCAAAGCUUAACACCACCGGCCUCCCCCGAACUUCCACGCAACGAAGUCAAUGAAAAUGAAAAUCUCGAUGUCUAA